AUGGAAGAAGGUGCAUAUAAUAAAGCCCGGCAGUGCGGCCGCAGACCCCAUUUUGGGGGCGUUGCGCCGGGUCUACGCUGGCUGCAGAAUGAGGCGCGCAGCAGGGAAGGGCGCGGGGUGCGCGAAGUACGCGGCUCUGCGCGUCCCUCGGCCGCAGCUGGGCAGGGCAGAGGCACCGGCUGCCACUCGGCCAAGGUUCCCGUCCUGGAAAAAAACGCUACACUGCUCCUCGCCCCCGCCGCCUCACGCCAUUACUGCCGAGAGAGGGAGGGAGGCUACAGCACAACACAUGUGGUCUUCACGGGUCAUAGGUCGAACGGCCUAGAAGUGGCUCGAAUCGGCACCAUCAAAGACAACGGUGCAAGUGAUGCCGCUCAACUGGCCUCUUCUUCCCAGGCUACCGGCCAACCGCACGCCCCCUCCUCGGCCCGCACCUCAUCCCUGUUACUCUGUGGGAAGGAUGAAUUUUGGGGGAAAGACCCUCUCUUCCCCCUUUCCCUAUCCCUCCUUCCCCACGAUGGGUCCUUCAACUUCUUUUUCUCCGUCGCCGGCCGCAUCCUCCACAGCCUGCGCCCCCACCGCGGUACCUACGGUUACCGAGGAGGGGGCGAUGGAAGGAGGGGGCGCGGAUACUCCCCAGAGGGCGCUGACACCUCCCGGGAAAAGGGGCUAGCAGGCGAAGACGCAACGGUGAAGGACUACUCUCAGACCUCCUCCUCGGGAACCUUUCAGAGAAGGAAAAUAGAAUUUGUUCGAGGUCUGUCCCUGGGAGCCUGGGGAGUCAGAACAAGGACAGCAUAUGCUCCCAAGCUGCAGCCUGGGAAGGCAAUAUAUGGGGAGCAGACACCCCUGCCUGCAAAGACGGGACCGAAUGACGGAGUGGCGAACAGAGAAGAGCUGUUGGCAUCAAAGUUCGGCCCUGCGGCCGGCAGCCUGCACCACCCGCACACGGACGCUCAGAGCCACCUCCUCUUCCCGGGCAUCCACGACCAGCACGGCCCCCACGCCUCCCAAAACGUCCUCAACGGACAGAUGCGACUGGGCUUGCCGGGGGAGGUAUUCGCCCGCUCGGAUCAGUACCGCCAGGUUUCCAGCCCCAGGACUGACCCUUACUCGGCGGCUCAGCUGCACAACCAGUACGGCCCCAUGAAUAUGAAUAUGGGCAUGAACAUGGCAGCCCACCACCACCACCACCCAGGUGCCUUUUUCCGAUACAUGCGGCAGCAGUGCAUCAAGCAAGAGCUCAUCUGUAAGUGGAUCGACCCCGAGCAGCUGAACAACCCCAAAAAAAGUUGCAAUAAAACUUUCAGCACCAUGCACGAGUUGGUCACCCACGUCUCGGUGGAGCACGUUGGGGGACCCGAGCAGAGCAACCAUGUCUGCUACUGGGAGGAGUGUCCCCGCGAAGGCAAGCCCUUCAAAGCGAAAUACAAACUGGUCAAUCAUAUCCGAGUGCACACGGGAGAGAAACCCUUCCCCUGCCCCUUCCCUGGCUGCGGAAAAGUUUUCGCCAGAUCAGAAAAUCUCAAAAUUCACAAAAGGACGCACACAGGGGAGAAGCCCUUCCAGUGCGAGUUCGAAGGCUGCGACCGUCGCUUCGCCAACAGCAGCGACCGCAAGAAGCACAUGCACGUCCACACCUCGGAUAAGCCCUACCUGUGCAAGAUGUGCGACAAGUCCUACACGCACCCCAGCUCCCUGCGGAAACAUAUGAAGGUGCACGAGUCGUCCCCGUGUCAAGGUUCCAAAUCCUCCCGGCCGCCAGCUCGCGGCUACGAGUCUCCAACGCCGCCGGGGGCUGGUGUCCCCUAGCGCCGAUCGCAGAACACCAGCAACCUCUCCCCGGCCGCGGCGGCGGCGGCAGCGGCGGCGGCCGUGUCCGCCGUGCACCGGGGCGGGGCGGGGCAGCGGCGGCGGCGGGCGGCCAACAGCGGCCUCUCCUUCAAACUUCAUGGUGGUAACGUGUAG